GACAUUGAGAACCUUUACGUUGAAGCUGGAGCAAUGCUGCUUUUCUGUCCGAGCUGCGGAAACGGACUGAUUGUGGAGGAAGGACAGCGUUGCCAUCGCUUCGCCUGCAACACUUGCCCCUACGUGCAUAAUAUCACACGCAAGGUAACAAACCGAAAGUAUCCAAAGCUGAAAGAGGUGGAUGAUGUGCUUGGGGGAGCAGCUGCCUGGGAGAACGUGGACUCCACUGCAGAGCCAUGUCCAAAAUGUGAACAUCCCCGUGCCUAUUUCAUGCAGCUUCAGACCCGUUCCGCAGAUGAGCCAAUGACCACCUUCUACAAGUGCUGCAAUGCUCAGUGUGGACAUCGCUGGAGAGGCUAAGGGCAGGACUUACCC